AACUUCCGAGGCGGCGUUUUGAAAAACAAGCGGAGCCACAAACAGGAACCCCCAGGCCCGAUCGACCUGCCAGAAGCCGAGGGAGAGGAGCGCUGGAAGGCGGGAAAACCCGAGGGGAGGAGGCGCCUGUGUCCUCAUCAAAAGAGGCCACUGUUUUGGGUGCACUCUGGAAGAAUGUGUGGACGGACAGCUGUUAGUCUGGGAGCGGAUCGUAUCCGCCGAGCCUGUGCUUAUCACAAUAAUCAAGGAGAAAGGAAGUAUCCUGAAUGGCAAAAUGCUGACAAAUACAGCCCUUCGUUCAAUAAGAGCCCCCAGUCUAACAGUCCUGUGCUUCUCUCCCAGCAACAAUUUGAGAAGAAUGCCAGUCCUUCCGAGCGUAUCCUUGUAGCCAUGCGUUGGGGCCUAGUUCCAGCUUGGUUCAAGGAAGCUGACCCAUCUAAAAUGCAGUAUAAUACUUCCAAUUGUCGGAGUGAUACCAUGAUGGAGAAAUUCUGCUAUAAGGUACCUCUCUCAAAAGGCAAACGCUGUGUGGUGCUGGCCGAUGGCUACUAUGAAUGGCGACAACAUAAUGGACAAAAGCAGCCAUAUUUCAUUUAUUUUGCCCAAACUGAGCAGGAAAUGUUCACCAAACCAGAUAUGGAAGAUGAGGUCGAAGAUUCAAAAGGCAGGAAACUGCUUACCAUGGCUGGGAUUUUUGACUGCUGGGAGCCCCAGAAUGGAGAACCAUUGUACAGUUACAGUAUCAUCACAGUAGAUGCAUCUGAAUGUGUAAGAUCCAUCCAUCACAGAAUGCCAGCUAUUCUGGAUGGGGAUGAAGCAGUUAGAAAAUGGCUGGACUUUGCAGAAGUACCCACAGAAGAAGCACUUCACCUUAUCCAGCCCACAGAAAACAUCGCCUUCCAUCCUGUAUCAACAAUAGUGAACAAUUCCAGAAAUAAUUCAUUAGAAUGCAUUUUACCCAUUGAAUUGGAUCUCAAGAAGAAUACCAAGAUUAAUGCAAGCAGCACAGUAAUGCUGAACUGGUUAAAAAAUAAAGGCCCCAAGAAAGAUGACAAGGAUGAAGACAAUUUACCAAAGUGGUCCAGCCAGUUCAUCCAGACACCACCAUGUAAAAAAACUAGCAUGGACUUAAUGCAUCAGUGGCUCAAAAAAGAUGGAGAACCUUCUGCAAAGCAACUGAAAAAGCAGUGAUAAAUUUGGUUAUAUUGCUUAUUACUAAGCUUAGCCAAAUAGGGUCUUAUGUAUUGAGUUAUUGCAUUAUUUAAGUCUCCCGAUUUAGAUUAUAAUGCAGGUAUAAUCUAUAAAUAGUUUAUAAGACUUCAGAUGUGCUUCCUUCCUGAUGCUGAGUAGAUGAGCUUUGACAUUUAAUACUUAGGUUUUUUUGUCUGAAACAAAUAGGGUAUAGAUGCAGCAUUGACUUGACCUUGCCAAUUUUGAAAAGGCAAUAGCGUUCCAAAAUAUGUAAGAAGCAAAAGAUUUAAUGUUAUUUAUUUUUCUCCUCCAAGGACACAAGCAGAGAUUUGGUUUGUCAUGGUUACCAUCAUAGUAUUUGUUCAAUUCACUUUGUGGAUUGCUUCAUCUUUUAUGGGAAAAAAUAGGUCACUGUUAAGGCUAGAGAUUUGUUGUUGCUGCAUAGUGAGAAUGAUCAUUUACUUUAUACUGAAACCAGCUCAAAUUUUUGCCCUUUUUUAUCUGUUUUGAAAGAAGUAGAAUGUCAUCUGCAAGCAAUAUACAAAUACAAAUUCCUAUGGGUUGGGAAGCUAUUCCAAAAGGAUCUUGUUUCACUAUUUUGGAUUUACUGCACAUUCCAAACCUUUGGUAGAAUUGUUUAAUAAAUUCAUCAAAGUUAUAAUGAUGAUCAGGCCAUCACUAUAGCCAGUAUUUUGAGUAAGUGGUAAGAGAAUAGCAAGGAAGAGAGAAAGAACUUUAAUCUUGUUUUUUGGGAGAGUGAAGAUAAGAAGCAGCAGUGUUAGUUGGCUGUAUUAAUUAUAACUGGAUAUUUAGUUAAAAAAAAAGCAAGAUUGUAAACUAAAGCUUUAGAGAUAAAGACAAAAUGUUAGCUGCUUACAAUGAGUCAUGCUGGACUCAAGGCAAAGUGUUGCGGUUCAGCCUAAGAGACAUCAGGACCACUAUUGUCAAAGGACAGCUGGGUGGUUAAAAUGGUAUUUCAGAAGAUAAAUCCACCUUUAUGCAUAAGAUCAACUUAUUUCACUCACAAAAAGCUGGAAUAUACAAAGUCUGAAUAGGGCUGAAAUUCAUGCAGAUGUAUAUUCUUCACAAAAUUCUGGGCUAGAGAGAGGGAAGAGCAUUUAAUUUUUUUUAAAAAAAGAUACUUGGUUACAUGAUCAUUCAUUUUAUUAGAUAUGCAGAAAAAUAGUUGGGCUCCAAUUAUUCAAAGUUCCUCUGAAAUGCAUGAAAUAUUGUUCACUAGAAAUAAGGCAGGGUAUUGGGGUAUUUUUAAAGGUUUUAAUACAUAGACAAUGCUGGUAGUAUAAAUAAAGAUUUUG